AUGCCCUCAGACCCGACAGAUCAACAAGAACACCCGCGAAGCUGCGAUAAAACGGGCGAUUCGGAGCUUUCUACCAGUGCACAACUGCAUCAGAAUGAGACAAGCGAGGUCCAGUUUUCAGAAACCAAGGCUAAGCCCUCUCAGCAUAUCACGAAGUUGAAGAGUACACAAGUUGUGGUUCCGACUCCUACUCAGUACCUACUUGAUACACUUCAAGAUUUUCGGUGCAGUGUCAUUGAUGCAGAUGACCAGAUUAGGGCAUCAAAACACAUUGUUGACGCGACGAUCGAAACAUCAGAACAAAGAUCAGAUCUCUUACGGCAGAAGAAAAGUAACAAGAAGCCUCCCAGACUGUCAUUGCAGACUAUUCUUGCGGAUUAUAUACGAGCUGUGGACCCACUGUUGAAUAGUGCAGGUGGAACAUACUCCGACAUUCCAGCGACAAUAGAACUUGAUGAGGCCUUGAGAAAUGUUUUUGGUGAUAAAACCGUCCAGUAUCUGGAGACACGGCAUUACAACCCUGCGGAUGUACAAGUUUGGUCAUGGAUCCUAAGAAGCACCACCCCUUAUGAGGCCAUGCUCCGGAUCUUAAUGCUGGAGUCAGCCCAGGACACAAGAGUCGGCUCCAAAGCUCGAAUAAUUCCUCCCUUCAUCCCACUUCUCCUUUUGCGCAGGCAAAAUCUCGACGUCAAGACCUUCCGCUUGCUUUUGAUAUAUUCCCUGCAUGUCAUUACCGGCCAACCAGUCCCGCCAUUUGAUCUCGCCAGGAGUGAACAAUGGAUUGACUCGGAAGUGGCGACGAGGCAGGAAUCACCCCAGACAGAGCUCCUUGUCGAGCCUACCACUUGUUUUGCGUUUAUAAUUCGUCUACUUCGUCAUGCUCGUGAAGUAUGGCCACAGGCUCAGCUUACUAUUGCACGCUCUUUUUCAUUCUAUCUGAAUCUUCUCCAAGCAGACAAAUGCAGUUCAGAAGCGACCAGGCAACGAAGGAACCAAUUCAUGGCCGACAAAUUCAAUGCGUGUCUCUGGCUGCUUUCGUUGCCGUGCAAGUCCGGCCCAUUUAAGUCUGUUUCUAUUCAGCAACAAGCUCAGUUUGAACUCCUCAGAGCCAUGGCAGGACAUAAACCAGUUCUGCCGGUCACCCGGCAAGGAUAUCAAGGCAUUAUUGCUGUCCAGCUGGCCCACAAAAAGACGUCUGAUGAACGGCAGUCGGCGGAUCUGAAAGCACCAUCCUGGCCACCGUGGAAGGAAGAGAAGCUUGGAAUCGAUUCUCAUCGAGGUAAUGAAGGCAUGAGAAGUCGCGCCAUGCGUGUGAUGGCCCAGAUGAAAGAGGCAGGCUACUCUCAUACGCGCUGGGAAGAGAUCUCUGCCAUCUUGGCCGGCUGGGAUACAGACAAAAGUCCAACGGUGCAAACGAGGUCCUUGAUGCGCCGGCCCCAGUUGUUACGUGGACCUGCAGGGAGCAAGCCAAAUCAUCAUGCUGUCUGGGUUGCCCGAAUCCGCGCUACACGCACAGUGCGGGAAGCCUGGGCCUGCUUCUUAUCAUAUCAAGAUCAAGGCCUACCCCCGCGGGCAAGUGUCUACGUGGCCAUGGCUGAGAAACUCAUCUUUCGGCGUCAAGCGAUCGAGAACCAUUUUGAUCAAAUCAGCCAUGCUCUGCCGGGAGAUGGACUUGAGGUGUUCCCGGAGCCAUCUUCUGCCCGCGAUCUGAUUUACGUACAUACGGAGCCUGCCACGCUGGAGGAGCUUCUCAAACAGAUGCUGUCGCAAGGAAUUCGUCCCUCGAGGAGAUUUCUGGCCCUGCUUUUGCGGUCCGCACAAACUUUCAGCUCGGGACUGGAUUACCUUAGUUGCAGUGACCUAACAGACGAACAGAUUGAGGUUUUGUGCACUGUAUGGGGACGUAAAUCUGAUUACCAAAUGGUGGAUCAAGAUGCCAUGGAGAAACUUCCUGAUUAUGUCUUCUCGUCUUUUAUAUGCUUCUUAUGCAACUUUUCAAAUCUCGACUCGUUGCAUCUGGCUCGGCAUGAGAUUCGCACAGCCCAUCUCUUUCCCAUUCUGAUGGGUGAUGCUAUAAACCGACUGAAGACCUCAACGUUGUUCUCCUAUGCCAGUGAUUCUGGGGAUAGCGGCGCUUUGCAACACCCUCGAGCCUUGUCGCAUGCGAUCCAACUGCUGAGACUCCGACAGCCUCGCUCUCCCCCUGCUUGGAUUCAUGUCCUGGCCGCUCUUGGCAGAGAUCGCAUCACCGCUCCUUAUCGCAGAAUGAGUCGAAGUACGCAACGGAUAUUGGCUUGGUAUGAGAUUUUAGAAGUCACCGGCUGGAUGAAAGAACGUGCGGUUGAGCCUGGUCUUCAAGGAUUCCUGAUCCUCUGUAACAGUUUCACUAGAGCGGUGGUGGCAGGUCUCAAGCACCCAGAUGCCGUGGAAGAUGGCCUAGCGCUUGUUCAGGAAGCAGCGCGAUGGGGAAAUAUCGCACAGCUUGACGAUCCGCAUCCCCGAUAUGAAGAUAUGGUUCGGAGUGGACUUGGCAUCAUUAAGGAACACUUUGAUCAGCUUGUCCUGUCCGACUCGAUGACUUCUCCUCUCUUGGAACGCACCGUGGCCACCCUCGAGAGCGCUACCAGCUCACAAGUGAAAGUCCCGCCCAUGAUGCAUGUUCCAACCCCAGCUGUCUUGCACGCAUUCGUCAGAGCGCUUGGACUGGCUGGGGACCGUGAUGGUCUGUUAAAUCUUGUCCGAUGGAUGAGCCACAAUGCAGAAACUCUCAAAGAGACAUCCGAUGAACAUCUGAAUGGAGAUCGUAUGAUGCGGCGUACGUUGAUUGCGCUACGUGUGUUCCUCGAAGGACACGGAGAGAAGUUGUUAUCGGGGCUCUCUGGCGAGUUUUCACAUGGAUCGUCUCAUGAAGGCGAUGAGUAUGCUCCAUCACUCGAAUCUGGCUCGCAAGCUGCAGAGACGAUCUCAUUUUCUGAUCCAUACCUGCAAGAAGCAUAUGAACUUAUCACAGCCACUUCGUCGUGGGGUUCCUGGCCGAGUGAUGAUGAGCUCUGGAAGUAUUUACACUGGGAACACUAG